AAUCGGUGUCAACUUGUACAUCAACUUUUUGCAGUGAACUUGCCGUUAAGUGAGUAGUCCGUCGAUAUCUGUCAACUUGCAGUCAAGGUUGCCAUAAGGAUAUGUAAUGAAAGCACCCAAGACCAAUCCAGACGUAGUAAGCCACCCGACAUUCGAUCGUCGCGGUCGACAUAUUGUACACUGUAUGUGAUACCUAUACAAUGUCUUCAUUGUCUCUAAAUUUUUAAUUUAAUUAAAAUUUUUGAACUGAAUUAUAAGUCAGUUGAAAAGAAAAAUUGAACUUUAGUUUUCGUACAAUUCACUAUAUGAGUUUACUGUUUGCUAAUGAGUUGUGACAGUUGCUAUCGAACUCACGACUUUAUGUUGACAAAUACUUGUCAUUCAGAUGGCUGCUGUCAUGAGCUUGAAACAAGCCGAAAAAUACCGAGCUUGAUCGAGGUGUAUCGAGAUAAUUUUUAUAGCAAUAAAAUGGCGGCUUCAUGAAACCUUGAGUUGCGAUUUAUUAGCGGCAAUUCAUGUUUAUUUCAAAGAUUUACGGUUUUAUUGAAACGUUAAUAGAUAAGCUAAAAUUCAUAUUUUUAAGUGUGAAAUUUGAGUACUAGUGCAUUAUCUAAACUUUACAUCUGGAGUGAAGUAGUCAUAAAAAAUUUGACGGCCUAAUGCAGGUCGCUAAAUAUUUAUCGAGCACAAAUGAUGACUUCGAUGUUGCCUAGCUUCAAUCCACCUAUUGUAAAACGUUUGCUAGGCUGGAAAAAAGCUGACGGUGAAGAUAAAUGGAGUGAAAAAGCUGUUAAAAGUCUUGUUAAAAAACUUAAAAAGUCUGCGGGUCUCGAGGAACUUGAAAAAGCUAUCACAACACAGAACUGCAAUACUAAGUGUAUUACUAUACCGAGGUCUAGUCCUGGAGGCGUUGGUGAUAACGGAGUUCAGGGUGUACGAGGUAAAGGCUUACCGCAUGUCAUCUACUGUCGUCUUUGGCGGUGGCCAGAUCUUCAGUCUCAUCACGAGCUUAAGGCCAUCGAUCUUUGUGAGUACUCCUUUACUCAAAAAAGGGAUGAAGUGUGUGUAAAUCCUUAUCAUUAUCAAAGGAUACAAACACCAGUUCUAUUUUUUAUAGUUUUGCCAGCAAUCUUGGUACCCCGACAUAACCUGUCAGGUGACGAAUCAGUACUAUAUAACACGUCUUUUGAAGAACUUAGCGUUAGUGUUCCUGAAAAUACAAGCUUUCACGCUACAUUAAAUCAUCGAUACAAUAAUCAACAAGGGAUUCCUCAUCCUUCACAACAGCAACAACCAAAUAGUCUUUAUCAAGGGAUGCAGAGCAUGCAAGCAACAAGUCCCGCGAGUGUGGGAAGUAUAGGAAGUAUCCAAGGUUCGCCUCAUCCUGCGACAGGAUCGAUGGAUCCACCAGCGGAUACUCCUCCACCUGGAUAUAUUAGCGAAGAUGGCGAAAAUAUCGAUCACAAUGACAAUAUGUCUCUCUCUCGUUUAUCACCUAGUCCUGUGGAUGCUCAGCCAGUUAUGUACUGUGAACCGGCAUUUUGGUGUUCAAUAAGUUACUACGAAUUAAAUACAAGAGUAGGUGAGACAUUUCAUGCUUCACAACCAAGUAUAACGGUGGAUGGUUUCACGGAUCCAAGUAAUUCAGAACGAUUUUGUCUUGGCUUAUUGUCUAAUGUUAAUCGAAAUACAGUGGUGGAGCAAACUAGACGACAUAUUGGCAAAGGAGUUAGACUAUAUUAUAUUGGUGGCGAAGUAUUCGCUGAGUGUCAAUCUGAUUCAAGCAUUUUCGUGCAAAGUCCAAACUGCAAUCAGCGCUAUGGAUGGCAUCCAGCGACUGUUUGCAAAAUACCUCCAGGCUGCAACCUAAAAAUUUUUAAUAAUCAGGAAUUUGCUGCUUUAUUGUCGCAAUCAGUAUCUCAGGGAUUCGAAGCAGUUUAUCAAUUAACAAGAAUGUGUACAAUCCGAAUGAGUUUUGUAAAAGGCUGGGGUGCAGAGUAUCGCCGUCAAACUGUAACGUCAACACCAUGUUGGAUCGAACUACAUCUAAAUGGGCCGCUACAGUGGCUUGAUCGAGUUCUAACGCAAAUGGGAUCACCUCGUUUACCAUGUUCGUCAAUGUCUUAAAAAAAAAAUCGUACAAUACAUGUAAAAAAAAAAAAAAAAAAAAAAAAAAAUACCGGAAGAAAUGAUCUGUAAAAUUUUAGUCAUUUUCUUUAACUGAAUUGGAGAUUAAUUUCAAAUGUAUUAUUUUUGUAAUUUUCACUUAAUAAUCAUUCGUAAUUGCGAUAACUUA